AAGCGUGCAGGCAGGCACCCCGGCGGCGCGCAGCCGCCUCCGCCGCCCGCGCUGGACUUUGCCCGAUGCCUUCAAAGCUAAAGCUGUCCCGGGACCCCUAAAAGGGAGCCGAACCCUAACCGGGAGCCGAACCCUAACAGGGAACUGAGCCCUAACCGGGAGCCGAGCCCCGGCUGCCCGCCCCCGGGGGCGGCCCGGGGGGUCGGGGCCGCCCUUCUCGCAGCCGCCGAGCGCUGCCUGCGGCAGGAAGCGGGAGCCGGGCCGGGCUUGCUCCGUGCAGCUCCGCCCGGGUUUGGGCUGGGUUGAUUUGAGCUGAUCUGGGCUGGGCUGGGCUGGGGCCGCUUCUCUGAUCGCCGGGACCCUGCCAUGGGGACGUAGCGGGCGGCAGAGCCAUGCCCGGCGCGGCGCUGCCCCGCAGCUCGCUAUGCACGGUAAUCUUAACAUUCGUCUGCAUGUUGAUGGAGGAAUCUGUAGAAAUUGCUCCAGUGCCAUAUACACUGCAAGCCCGCCGGGUGGCUUUGGAUAGAAGAGAUCCCUUUAGCCCCUUGAGGAGAGAGAAGAGGGAGGUGCACUGUCAGCUUGGACAAUACCUACAUCCCAAUGAGACUCACUGCUGCAUGAGGUGCCAUGCAGGUACCUACAAGGCAAAAGACUGUGAACGGGCUGACCAGGCACCCGUCUGUCUUCCAUGUGCUAAUGGCACAUUCACAGCUGUUGACAACACCAUGUCUAAGUGCUACCAGUGUAAACAGUGUCGUACAGAGCUCAGUCAGAUAGUAGUGACCCCGUGCACCCCAAAGCACGACACUGUAUGUGGCUGUCGGAAGAAUCAAUAUCAGGAUGGCGACGCUUAUGUCUUCUACUGUAAGAACUGCAGCCUGUGCCCCAAUGGGAUUAUUGCCAACUGUUCAAAAAACAGAAACACGAUUUGCAGGUGUAAGCCUAUGUUCUACCUGGCAUUUGAUAACACUUGCAAGCAUUGCAACAGCUGCUCUGGAGAAGAAUGCUCGCAAUGUCACAGCCCAGUGACUACCUCACCAAAUUCAUCUGGGCUGAAUGGGAACCUCGUCCUUGGCAUCAUUGUUGCAAUAUUUGGAGUUAUCACUGUCCUCUACGUUGUAAAUAAAGUGGUGAAGCUGGUUCAGGAAAAUGGGAUAGCCUCUUCUUUCUACUCCUGUGUUUCUUCACUGCAAACGAGCAAGGAGCCAGUAUCUGAGGUUGAGGUUAAAAGGAGUGCAAUUUCUAUCCUUCCUGAGGCCCAGAAGGAAACAGAAUUGUUGGUGAAUGCGGUGCCACCAUCUGCACCCCUGCCACAAAGUUCACAUGAGCUACCAGACUGUGUCAGACCCGCCAGGAAGACGCAGCUUCCAGACAAUCCUGCUAUCCUCUACACCGUGGUGGAUCACGUCCCGCCAUCUCGGUGGAAAGAGUUCGUGAGGCGGCUGGGGCUGAGUGACUAUGAUAUAGAGCGCAUUGAGCUGGAGCAUCGGCGUUUACGAGAUGCCCAGUAUGAAAUGCUCAGACUGUGGAAACUGCAGAUGGGCCGUGCUGCAACUGUGGAGCGUAUCAGCUGUGUUCUCAACCAGAUGGAGCUGAGUGGCUGCAGUGAAGCUAUUCAGGUGGCUUUGCUAAACCAGAACUCGCCUCAACCUUGCAGUGUCCACAGCCAUCUUUGAUAUAUUUCUACUUUAGUCCCCCUUGCUGUGACUGUUGAGAGAGGAUCACAUCUCCCUUCCUUUCCUUGUCUCCCCUUUCCUAUGCCUCCCUAUCUUUCUAACCCUCCUUAAAUGGGUUUGUUGGAGACAGCAGCAGAUUAUGCUGGAGGAAGGCCAAGGUUUGUUUGCAACCACCGAGUUCAAUGCCUUUUCAACCAAGAAAGACCUCUGCAACAACUCCUUUCCCAAAAAGGGAAAGCACCUCAUAAAGGAAGUGGCGUGCAGACUCAGACCAAGGUGAAAACAGGAGCUCAGAGUGACUUGAUAGCUCAGCUACUCUACAGACAAGUUGUCGCUGGAACAGGAGCUUCACCCAGCAUACAGCAGGCUAACUUGGAGGGUGACUUGGUUGAGCUGGCUGUUCAAAUGCUAGAAUGCUUGCUCUCUUCUUGCAGAUCUAUUUUUCUGCAAUAUCAGACAGUUAAGCUGGCUCACAUUGCAGCCAUUUGAUUGUGAAAUCUGACGGAAGGGAAGUUGUGGGAGGACAUGCCUAUUUCUGGGAGUGGGAGAGGACUGCACCCUUUUGGUAUCAGAUGGUUAACAAAGUGCUGUACCUUCAGCCCUCUCACUGUGGCAGAAGUUGCAGAGAUUCAGAAGGGGUGGCUCUGUGUGAAACAGGGUGACAUUAUCCUUUCCACACCUCCCAUUGCCCGCUGGUGCAAGAGGAAUAAGGAUUCUGAGCCAAGGGGUCAGAUGAAAUGGUUGGUGCUUUUUCUAAUGUUUUUUUUUUUUUUUUUUUUUUUUUUUUCCUGCGUGUAGAAACCAUAUAAGACAGCAUUAACAAAACACCUGCCUGCAUUUGUCCUAGUGCAGAGUGGAAAAGAAUGCAUGUGUCCGUGUGGGUGAGGAGGUACCUACGUACCUGGUAAUAUGAGUGCCUCUGCAAAUCUGUGCUUCCACACAGGUCAGCAGGCUUCUGUCUGCUUUUUUUUUUUUUUUUUUUCCCUCUAAAUGAUUUGCUGAAUCUGACCUAACUGCAAAUGGGACUGUGUAUGUGUACAUAUAUAUAUAUAUAUAUAUAAAUAGAUAUUUUAGUAGCUGUUCAAUAAAUUCACACUACUUCCUGGACUCAAUUCUGUGAGCGCUGCUUGGGUACCAUCUUGAGGCUCUCAGUAUUCCUUUCUCAUGGGUAUUAUUACCCUGAGUGAAGUUGAAGCAGCAAAAAGCAAUAAGCCUGCAUCAGGUGCAGGUUGUCCACACAUUUGUGAAUGUGGAUUUUUUUUAAAUCUCUUGUCCUUUGACUAGACAGAAGCUUUCUAUUGUAAAUACACUAAAUGUUUCGAAUUAAAAUUUGUAUUUUUA